AUGGACUCCUCGUCCUUCAGCCAGCACCAGCAGCACUCGUACCCGUCCCAGAGCCCCGUCGCCGAGGACAAACCCUCUGUCGUCGAUGACCUCGCCGACGACCAGCCCAAGUCGUCCAAGCCCCCCGUCGUUCGCGGCGCGAGAGCCUGCACAGUAUGUCGCGCAGCCAAGAUGAAAUGCGUCGGCGCCGAAGACGGAGAGGGUAAAUGCCAGCGCUGCAAGCGUGCCGGCGUCGACUGCGUGUUCGAAAAACACCGCCGGGGACGCAAGCCGGGCUCCAAACUCUCCGAGGCCUCCAAGAUGCUGCGACGCCUCGAAAAAGGCCUCAACACCGCCAAGGCCAAGCAGUCCAUCGCCGAGUCGUCCCAGUACGCGCGCGCCGGUUCGCCGACGCUGAGCGACCCGUCCUACCGCGCCCUCCGCCCCUCGGACCCAUACGGCUCAUCCAGCUCGACCCUCUUCCCGUCCAACGAGCUCCCACCGCUGGGCAUCGUCUCCAGCGACGGCUACGCGCCCGCCCGCGAGGAGGAAGACGACGAGGCGGAGGCCGCCGAGCGCGGCAUGUUCCCCGACCGCCUCAUCCGGAAGGAAAACCAGCGGCACUCGUUCUUCAGCACCAUCCUCAACCCGGACUCGCAGCCGCCCUCCCAACCUCAAUCGAUCGCGUCCGCCCACGCCCAGGGCGAGCAGUCGCCGGGCGGCUACCCCGCCCCGCGCGCCAUGUCCUCGGCGUCUAACAGCCCCGCCGACCCCAUCGACGCCGGCCUCCUGACCCUGCACGACGCGACGACGCUCUUCGACCUCAUCUUUCUCCGCUUCAACCCGUUCAUCUGCCUCUUCGACCCAGCCCUGCACUCGGUCACCUACGUCCGCUCCCGCUCGCCGUUCCUCUUCACCGUCCUCCUCAUGGCCGGCUGCAAGUUUUUCAAGCCCGAGCUCUACCGCCAGGUCCAGAAGCUCGCGCAGGAGAUGGCCGUCCGCGCGUUCGCCGAGGGCUGGAAGAGCGUCGAGGUCGUCCAGGCCUUCGCCUGCCUCACGUACUGGAAGGAGCCGGACGACACCCGGACGUGGACCUACAUCGGCUACGCCUGCCGCAUGGCGGUCGAGCUCGGCCUCAACCGCUACGUGCCCGCCCGCCACCUGCACGGCGAAACCGAGUUUGCGCUGCGAGAGCGCCGCAACCGCGAGCGCACCUACCUCGUCCUCUUCGUCCACGACCGCAGCCUGAGCAUGCAGACCGGCCGCCAGUGGAUGCUCCCCGAGGACGACCUCGUCCGCCACUCGGCGACCUGGCACGAAGAAGGCGGCUCGCCGAUCCGCCCGGAGGACGUCAUCGUCGCCGCCUUCGUCCAGCUUCGCCGCAUCGCGGGCGAGACGACGGACGUGUUCUACCUCCACAAGGGUGGCUCCGGCAACACGUCCCACUCGGACGUGAAUUACGAGGUCUUGCUCAGGAACUGCAACGGCAAGCUCACGCAGUGGAUGGACACCUGGCAGCAUGAGAUGCGCCGCGCCGGCGGUGAAUCGUUCCAUUUUUCGAUCCUGAGCUUUUUCAGGUUGCACGUCCGGCUGUUCCUCAACAGCUUUGGUAUUCAGGCGAGCAUGAGUCCCACGAGCCGCGCGGUGCCCAGCUUGCAAGCGCUCUCCGCAUGCUUUACCAGCGCGAUCGAGAGCUUGCAAAUCGUCGUCAAGGAGUUCGCAUCCAUGCAGAUUCUCCGUUAUGGACAGGAAUCCAUCACGGUCAUGACAGCGUACUCGGCCGUCUUCUUGCUCAAGUUGAUGCGGAGCUCCAACACGCUCGCCGAGCUUCAUGAGGGCGCGACGAACGAAAUUUACUCGAACAUCGCCAAGACCGCGGACGCGUACUCGGAGGCGUCCCAGCUUUCGCCUGCGUCUACCUCCGCCGCCGCGCACGCGCGCUUCCUUCGUAGCCUUAUCGCGAACGAUAUCUUCAAGGCGCGGCAGACCGAGAAGGAACGCCCCGUGAGCGCCCUCCCGCCGAUCGAUACCAGGAUGCAUGCCUCCGCUCCGGGCACCUCCGGUCCGGGUCCCGUGUUGCACAGCCCGCCGCAGAUGUAUCCCCAGACGAUGGUGUCCCAGGCGCACGAGCACAACUUCCACUUCCCGGCCUCGCCGCACCUGCCUGCGCACCCGUCCGCGCCGGGCGGGGCGGGUCCUGGCGGUCUGCACGACGCCUCGUCGUCGUCGUCGUCGUCGUACGGACCGAUGGAGGACGUGAAGGCGCAUCCGUCGGCGUACGCGAUGUACGCGCACUACGCGAACGGCGCCCAAGCGCCGCCGCACCACUCGGAGCUCGACGCGCACUACUGGCGGAACAUGUUCCGCGAGCUCGGCUUUGGCGAGGGCGUCGAGAGCUCCGGGCCCGCGACGGCGAUGGCGACGGCCGAGGGCGUCCGCGGCAUGCCGCCGCAUUAUGGCGAUCCUCGCAUGGCAUCGUACGCGCCGCCGCCGCCGCCACCGCCGCCACCUAUGCAGCAGCAUCAUAGCUCGGCGGCGGCGCAUUACCAGAUGCACCAGCAUCAUCACCAGCACGUUCCGCCAGCGCACAUGGGCCACGCGAUGUGAUGACACGGAACUCCGCGUAUAAUCGAAAGCGUCGAAAAAUCUAUCGCUACAUGCCACCUAACGUCGCCGCGCCUCCCCCCUGUUAACCGUCUAUUUUUCUUUGUCGUCGUCGUUCCGCCUGCUCGCCCUUGCGCGCUCAUUAUAGUCUCCUCUGUGAACAUUAGCCAUCCACGUAUUAAUAUGCGGGGCAGCAGGCGUGUUUCCUAUUCAUGCACAUCGAUCGUCCCCUCUUAUCGUCGCAAGUCGCACUUCGUACCAUUUUUUCCCCCCGUCUCGUCUCGCUCGAAUCGUCUCGUAUUUUUUUCCCUCGU